CUGCGCACAGCGUGCUCUCGCCAGAGGAGCCGCAGUCUCGGGAGCGCCCAGGCGGUGUUUCGAUAAUCUCUGACCCGCCUCUCCUGCGAACCCGGCGUCAUUGGACUGCACCCCGGGUGGGGACGUCCGCCGAGCACGGGAGGAAGCAACGAUGCCGAUCAAUAAAUCAGAGAAGCCAGAAAGCUGCGAUAAUGUGAAGGUGGUGGUUAGGUGCCGGCCCCUCAAUGACAGAGAGAAAUCAAUGUGCUACAAGCAGGCUGUCAGUGUGGAUGAGAUGAGGGGAACUAUCACUGUACAUAAGACUGAUUCUUCCAAUGAACCUCCAAAGACGUUUACUUUUGAUACUGUUUUUGGACCAGAGAGUAAACAACUAGAUGUUUAUAACUUAACUGCCAGACCUAUUAUUGAUUCUGUUCUUGAAGGCUACAAUGGGACUAUUUUUGCAUAUGGACAAACUGGAACAGGUAAAACUUUUACCAUGGAAGGUGUUCGAGCUGUUCCUGAACUUAGAGGAAUCAUUCCAAAUUCAUUUGCUCACAUAUUUGGUCAUAUUGCAAAAGCAGAGGGUGAUACAAGAUUUUUGGUUCGAGUGUCUUAUUUGGAAAUAUAUAAUGAAGAAGUUCGUGACCUUUUGGGCAAGGAUCAGACACAGAGGUUAGAGGUUAAAGAAAGACCUGAUGUGGGAGUUUAUAUCAAGGAUUUAUCAGCUUAUGUGGUAAAUAAUGCUGAUGAUAUGGAUAGAAUUAUGACACUGGGCCACAAAAAUCGUUCUGUUGGUGCAACUAAUAUGAAUGAACAUAGUUCCCGUUCCCAUGCCAUCUUUACAAUUACUAUAGAAUGCAGUGAAAAAGGCGUUGAUGGUAACAUGCAUGUCAGGAUGGGGAAGCUCCAUCUUGUAGAUCUUGCUGGUUCAGAAAGACAAGCAAAAACUGGAGCUACUGGGCAGCGCCUGAAAGAAGCUACAAAAAUCAAUCUUUCACUUUCUACCCUUGGUAAUGUUAUUUCUGCCUUGGUUGAUGGAAAAAGCACUCAUGUGCCUUAUCGUAACUCUAAAUUGACUCGUCUUCUUCAGGAUUCCUUAGGAGGAAAUUCAAAAACCAUGAUGUGUGCAAAUAUUGGACCAGCAGAUUACAAUUAUGAUGAAACCAUCAGUACAUUGCGGUAUGCUAAUCGUGCUAAGAAUAUUAAAAAUAAAGCAAGAAUUAAUGAAGAUCCAAAGGAUGCUUUGCUUCGUCAGUUUCAGAAAGAAAUAGAAGAACUGAAAAAAAAGCUUGAAGAAGGGGAAGAAAUAUCAGGCUCUGAUAUCAGUGGGUCAGAGGAGGAUGAUGAUGAAGAGGGUGAGGUUGGAGAAGAUGGAGAGAAAAGGAAAAAAAGAAGGGAUCAAGCAGGUAAAAAGAAAGUUUCCCCAGAUAAAAUGGUUGAAAUGCAAGCAAAAAUUGAUGAGGAGAGAAAAGCACUUGAAACAAAGCUUGACAUGGAAGAAGAAGAAAGAAACAAGGCUAGAGCUGAGUUAGAGAAACGGGAAAAAGAUCUUCUUAAGGCCCAACAAGAGCAUCAGUCUUUGCUAGAGAAAUUAUCUGCACUGGAGAAGAAGGUAAUUGUUGGUGGUGUUGAUUUGUUGGCAAAAGCUGAGGAACAAGAGAAACUUCUUGAAGAAUCCAACAUGGAAUUGGAAGAAAGGAGGAAAAGAGCAGAGCAACUUCGCAGAGAACUUGAGGAAAAGGAGCAAGAACGCUUGGAUAUUGAAGAAAAGUAUACCAGUUUGCAAGAAGAAGCUCAAGGAAAGACCAAGAAGUUAAAGAAAGUUUGGACUAUGCUGAUGGCUGCAAAGUCAGAGAUGGCCGAUCUCCAACAGGAACAUCAGAGGGAAAUUGAAGGCCUUUUGGAGAACAUUCGACAACUUAGCCGGGAGCUUCGACUUCAGAUGCUUAUUAUUGAUAAUUUUAUACCUCAGGAUUAUCAGGAAAUGAUUGAAAACUAUGUCCAUUGGAAUGAAGACAUAGGGGAAUGGCAACUAAAAUGUGUUGCCUACACAGGAAAUAACAUGAGAAAGCAGACUCCAGUUCCUGAUAAAAAGGAGAAAGACCCCUUUGAGGUGGACCUUUCCCAUGUGUAUCUUGCCUAUACUGAGGAGAGCCUACGGCAGUCCUUGAUGAAAUUAGAGAGGCCACGGACUUCAAAGGGGAAAGCCAGGCCCAAAACAGGGAGAAGAAAGCGUUCUGCAAAGCCUGAAACUGUAAUUGACUCUUUACUUCAGUAAAUGUUACAGACUUAAAGUCAGAAUAAAAAUUAGUGAUAUCCUCAUGCCUGGACAAAACCUUUAAUUAAAACACUGAAGACUUUUGUGUUAUUUCAAAUAAUGGAAGCUGUAGAUCAUGCAGUAAGACUGGAACUAAUAAUUUGCCUAAUAACUUUUAGUCUAUAUAUAUUAAGUUAAUAUAACAUUAAAAUUGUACAAUUGGUAAUUGUUCAAAUUGUCAUAUUAGUUUUCAACUUAUACUGUGCAGGGAAGUUGAGAGAGCAGCUUAUACUAUAGAGAGUUGCAGUUUAAAUGUAUACAUAAAUCUGCUAGUGAUUUACUCAACUACUGUAUAUUUAGAUAACCGGAUAUUCAAAAUAGAAAAAAAAAUAUAAGUCCUGUUUUGCACAUAGAAAGUUGCAGGUCUAAUUGUCCUAUGUUUUCCUGUUACAUAUGAAUGUAUGGGCUGCAAAUCUAAGAAAUGAUUCUAUCCUAACACCCACCUGGCCUUUUAUAAUAUGUUCUAAUUUUUAUACUAACAUUCAUUGCAUUUAAAAUAUGAGAUGGGUGAUCUUAUUGAUCUAUAGAAAAUUUUAUAAUUCUAUAGUCAAUCUUUAGAAGUAUACAUGUUUAAAAAACAAAAGUUGAAGAUAUGUUUCAUCUGGACCUCUCAUGAUUUCUUUUUGCCACUUUGACUUCAAGUCAAAUUUUUUGUUUGUUUGUUUUGGUUUCAUGUUUCUUGAAACAUUGAAUCUGUACCUGAAUACAAAGGAGUCACAGCUGCAGAAAAUUAAGAAGCUAAAUACUGAUCACUAACAUUUGCCUCUAUGGCUAUUAUUUUUUUAAAUUCACUUUGAAACAUGAUUAACUGAUGCUUUCCUGUGUCUGAGUUCUAAAUUUUGAUGAAAAUUGCUCUGUUUCUCCCAACUGAGAAAGAUCUCCGUUUUCUAGAAAAUACAAAGCAAGAAAAGUAUCUUUUAAUUCUUUGCCUUUAAAACACUUUGUUUUGUCUUUCUUCUUAUUUUAUAAAGAAGAUAUUCUUCCCUGAAUUUCUUCCAUUGACAAAUCCAGUUAGACCAUACCUCUAAAAUAAAAAUUAUUUUUAUUUUAUAGUAAAAAAAAAAAAAAAAGUCAUAGAAUUGUUUGUUCUUUUGUUGACUGCUUACAAAAUUUUUAUUUUUUUAAAGUUAUGCUACUCCAAAACCACUAUAUAUAUAUAUGUAUAUAUAUAUAUAUAUCUCUUUUAUGAGUUUUAAAAUUAUGUAAUCAGCCCUGAAACGCAUUGGCUACAAGUUUUAAGACUUCAUAAAUGAGUAUUUAUUAAGUUAACAUUAUUUUAGUAAGUUUGGUUAAAUAUUGGUUUAUAAUUACAAAGAUGUAUAUAGAAUGGGGGUGAGCGAAUGUAGCGUUAUUUGUGAGGUGGUGGUAAAAAUGUGUCCAUAAAUUUAAAGUACAUUCCAAAGGUGAUGUACUAAAUAUCCUGUGUAUGGUGAAUAUUUUCUAGGUAAUAAGAAUUGCAGUUAACUGGCAGCAUUUUCUUUGUAACGUGUAAGAUAGUUAGACAUUUAUAACUUUGUGGGGCAUUGUUUAGGUACCGUGAAGACUUGAGGUGAAUUUAUGUCUUGUAAAAGCUUUGUGUAAGCAGAAUAUCUUGGCAAUUGUAGAUGCAUAUUUAACUCUGUUAAUAAUAACUCUAGAGAAAUCUUAAUUUUACCAGUAGGAAAAAAAUAUGACUACUUCUUCUUUUUAAAGAAUGCACGUGUCUACCCUUUAACCAUCCAGUUAAUAGAAAAGGAAUAACUUUAGAAUUAAGCUUUAAAACAUUAUAGAAAAUUUAAGCCAGUAUGUUAGGUUUUUUUUUUCUUUUCCACGCCAUAGCAGUAACAAAACGAAAUCUAUAAAAACUCAAAACGUUGAGAAAUUUUAAAAACAGGCUACUUUAGCAGUUUUUUUUUAAAGCAUUUAUAUUAGAACUGAUUAUACCAGAUGGGCAUUAAAUAGUCAUCUUAUAUAAUACCAAGAUUAGAUAUUGGAACCAGGCCUGAGUAUCCAUGUGAAAACAUGGGAACCUGACUUUAGAGCUCUUCACUUAGCUCUAAUCAUAGUAGUUCUAUGGUUUCUUCACAGUUACUUUGUGUCAUUGUCCAUAAAUGAAAUAUUUUGCAACUUUGGUGUUAAUUUCAUGAAAGGCUAUAGAUGAACAAACUUGCUCAUUAUUUGAUAUAAGAAGCAGAUUUAAAAUGAGUGUCACAUAUAAGUAGGUUAUUGAAUGGCUAUUUUUCUCUUUAAUUUAAAAAAGUAAUAUUUAUUAAAAGGAGCCUUGGUAGAAUGUUGUUUGUGGUAUGUUCUUUAGUAAACCUUGCAAUUACAUGUAGUAAUAAGGAUAUUAAAAUAUAAUAGUAUUCCCCAUUUUUGUCUAGAUUCUUGUGAAGUAUAAGAGUAAUCAAGGUGGCGGGUCUACAUCUAUGUGUUCGUCCCACAAGUAGAAUCCAUUUGACAUGCUGUGGCAUCUACUUUCUGGGAAAAGGGGACUUUUUUUUGCUGCAAGAAAUUUAAGGUUACUUUGGGGGAGAGGGUGGUGCUACUUCAACUGUAACAUGUUUUUAAAAUUAUGAUUAUAGGUUUCGGUUGUUUUGUUUCUAGUCUUUUAAAAAUAUUUUUUCCCUUAACUCUUAUCUUAAGGAAAGUCCCUCCCUUUCCUACAGGGCUGUGAAUUAAAGAACGGGUAGAGUUUACAUUUAAGUAUGCCAGUGUCUGCCCAGUUUCUUAAUGUAUGCAUUUGUUUUCCUUUUUAGUUAUUCUUUGAUCUAAAAUGCUGGAAGAAAACAUAGAUCUUCCUAGUGCCUUUGAACUUAUACUGUAGUCUAAUUUAAAUCAUUAAUAACUUAAAUAGCAUUACUACAAUACUGUAUACUGGCCAGAAUUACAAAUCGUAUGAUAA